UGACGCUUUAUCUUUCAGAUUUAGAUUAUAAUAAUGGGUAAAAAAAAGUCCACGUCAAAAGUAAAACUAACAAAUAAAUCUACAAAUAAACGCAUGAAAGCAGGAAGAAAACACAAGCUACAACCAUCGCAAAAUAAAAAGUUGGUGAACAUUCCAAAUGUUGUCAAAUUAAAACAGGAAGAACAAAAGAAGAAGAAGAACCAAACUCAUGUCUCUAACCACAACCAUGAAGAAUUGAAUCAUGAAGAUAUUGAGUUUUCAGAUGAUGAAAUUAAUGAUUUUCUACACGAAAACUCGCAAAAUUUAUCAUUUUUCUCGACAAGUUUUUCCAAUGAUUCUGGUGGUAAAAAGAAGAAAAGUAAUGCUGAAGAUGGCUUAGCAACGUUUGAGAGAGCACCACGCGUGUUAUCAAAUAUGUCAGAGUCAAUAAACUCAUCAACAAAGAUUGUCAAUUUGCUUCCUAUUAAGAAUGAAAAAGGAAUUAUCAAAAGAAGUUUGGAGCAAAAAAAAGAUGUUGUUGAAGAAGCAGACACAAGCAAUGAACCUAAUAAAAGCGAAAGUAUUGAUCAAGAACCUCUAAGUUUAGUAGAAUUAUUAGCGAAACAGCAAAACGAGGUUAACACUAAAAAGUUGGAGAUUGCUCAAUGGUCGCAAAAUAUUGUGGAAAAUCCUGAUGCAAAUAUCAAUCUUCUAAAGCAGUUAAUGUUAUUAUGUGGAAGAGAUCAAGUCAGCUCAAUCAGAAAGCUUUCAAUGCUCUCUCUGUUGGAGGUGUUCAAAGAUAUUGUUCCCAGUUAUCGUAUUCGUGAUUUAUCUGAUCAAGAAAAAACAGUGAAGGUAUCCCGCGAUGUUCGCAAAUUAAGAGAUUUUGAAGAAUCAAUGCUUAGUUGUUAUCAGAAAUAUUUACAACUUCUUGAAGAUAAUAUUAAAGAUUGUUUAAAACUAUUAAAACGAAGGCGUUUGAAUGGUUCAUCUCAAUUUAUUGAAACAUCUCUCAAACCCGUCAAAAGUUUGGCCAUACUCUCAACAAAAUGCUUGUCGGAGUUGUUACAAAGUCUUUCGCAUUUCAACUUCAGGAAUAACAUCAUAGCUGUCGUUGUACCACAUAUGGAGUUGCAUGGAGAUCUGUUGGAGGCAGGUCAACUGUGUAUCGAAACAGUUAAAGCAGUGUUUAAAAGCGAUAAUAUUGGAGAAAUAUCACUAGAGAUAGUAAAGGUUAUUCACAAGUUAGUAAAAUCCAAACCCAACGUUCACACAUCAGUUCUGGAAACAUUACUUUCUCUCCGAAUAAAUGCUGAUAUGAUUCGAACUGCUGCAUUGAAAAGUAACAAAAUUGAGAGGCUAAAUGCCAAGCGUGAAGCAAUUAAAAAGAUGUCUAGAAAAGAAAGAAAGAGAAAAAAAGUGGAAGACGUAUUAAACAAAGAAUUACAAGAAGCAGAAGCUGUUGAAAGUCGAGACAAAAUUGAGAGAAUACAAACUGAAAUCGUAAAGUUCGUCUUCGUUACAUAUUUUCGUAUUCUGAAGGCAGGUCAAAAUACCCCGCUAUUAAGUGUUGUCUUGAAAGGUUUAUCAAAGUUUGCACACUUGAUUAGCGUGGAGUUUUUUGAUGGUUUGAUGAAUUGUCUCAAAAACUUAUUACUGAUCGCUGAUCUUGGUAUCAGUGAAAAAUUAAACUGUAUUCUCACUGCACUUAAAAUCUUAUCAGGACAAGGUGAAUCGCUGACAAUCGAUCCUCGACAGUUUUAUACAGAGCUUUAUCAACUUCUACCUCGAAUUGGAGCAGAUCUUCAAAACAGUGAUGUUCAGUUGGUUAGAGAAUGUCUAAACAUCAUGUUGAUCAAAAGAAGAAAACAGGUGUCUUUGCCUCAAGUUCAAGGUUUCUUCAAACGAAUAUCCACUUUGAUCCUACAUCUUGACGUUGAUGACAUGUUUGACUUCAUACUUCUCAUCAGGAAUAUUCUACAGCUUCAUAAAAAAUGCGACUACCUGCUUGAUAACGAAGUAUUUGGUUGUGGUGUGUUUGACCCUGACAUCCCAGAUCCAGAGCAUAGCAACGCAGAUAGUAGUGCAUUAUGGGAAGUUUUGUUGCUAAGCAAACAUUAUCAUCCACACAUGGAAACGUAUUGUAAGCAUCUUCUCGCGGGUGCACCUUCUCAAGGUGCUGGUGCAUUACCAACAAAGUUUUUAAGUAGACGAAAUAUAGAGACAGUUGAUGCAAGUACUGAAGAUGUAUCAGAAUACUUUCUUGACAGUAUUCCGGAGACACCUGUACAUAAACCAAAACUCUACGACAAAGACAUUUCGAUUUUAGUCAAAAACAUGCAUGAACAUAUAACAGUAGCGAAUAAAAUACUGCAAAAAUACGAAAGAAAGUACUUGUAAAAUUAAAUUUUUAACUUUUAUAUUUAUAUAGAAUGAA